AUGAAGGUCGAGUUUAAGUUAUUGGGCGGCAAGAGCACUCAUGCCGACGUCGGUGCAGCAGACACAGUGCCUCAAGUGAAGGAGGCCGUGUGCCCGAUGCUUGACCUAGACCCGGCUUCGGUCACGCUAGUGUACAAGGGCAAACUCGCGAAGGAUGCCGACACCAUGGAAACGCUCAAGGUGACUGAGAACACCUGCAUACACCUCGUGACCCGAGCAAAGAGUGGUGCUGCGGCGAAGGCUGGCGCUGGUUCGAGUCCUGCUCCGGCCGCGGCGUCGGCUCCGGCUUCAGGUGCGUCUCCUGCUGCCGGUGGUUCGAAUCCUGCUGCGGGUGCGGCCCCGGGUGGGCCGAACUUGUUUAGUGGCAUGGGUGGUUUCCCUGGCGGUGGCUUGGAGGGAUUGGAAGGAUUAGGAGGGGGGAUGCCAAGUCCGCAGGCGAUAGUACAGAUGAUGCAGAAUCCGCAAGUGCAGCAGGCUAUGCAAUCACUGAUGUCUAACCCACAAUUGUUGACACAGAUGAUCCAGAGCAAUCCGUUGUUGCGUCAGAUGAGUCAGAGCAACCCUAUGUUGAAUAGCAUGUUACAAGAUCCAGAGAUGUUGCGUAACAUUUACUCACCCGAAAAUCUAGCCAAUGUGGGGAACAUGAUGCGGCAAGGAGCAGCAGGUGCACCCGGAGGAGGUCUGGAUUUCGCUUCUCUUCUUGGCGGUCUUGGCGGUCAAGGUGGCGGACAAGGAGGUGGCAUGCCCGACCUUGCAUCCAUGGAGGAACAACUCCGAAACCUCAUGGGUGGAGGAAGUGGUCCAGUCAAUGCCGCUCCUGUCAGUAAUCCUGAAGAAGCAUUUACAUCGCAAUUGAAACAGCUCGAAGACAUGGGGUUCCUUGACAAACAAGCCAACGUCUCUGCACUACAAGCCACCGGUGGGGAUGUGAAUGCUGCCAUCAACAUGCUACUUGAACGUGGUUUCGGAAACUAG